AGCCCUACAGGACAGGUGUGCCCAACUUAAAGAUGGCCGACUAAUUUUGAGCGUCGUCUGUUGCAAAAUGUAGUAAAAACCAUGGACUGGUGCCUUAUAUCAACCCCGGAUCUACCCCAAAACUCCAUGCUAACCUAUACGUAGCACAGUGUCCCUGAUCCCGUGCCACGAUGGCACUGGGAAUCCUACGAUGCUCUGUCCUGGUUGCUAUGGUGACGGUGGUAUGCUGGAUGGAUGUUGUAUCGUCUUGUCCAUCUUCUUGCAACUGUUUCCAGGAUAAUUAUGGUACAACUGUUCAAUGUCAGAAUAGUGUCAUCAGCUCAGUGAUAUCGGGACUGCCAAUCAACACAAAACGUCUGGAGAUUCUGUCGGCCCAGGGUGCGUCCACCCUGUCACAAGCCACCUUCGAUGGUGGCAAUAUCGGAACCAUAAAUAAUCUUUUAAUACAGGGCAGUAGAAUACAGAGUAUCAAUGACAACACAUUUUCUAAGUUCUCCAACCUGAACAAUCUUAACCUUACCCACAACAGUAUUAGAUCAAUCACAAAGAACGCUUUCGCUGGACUCAACAGGCUUGCAACGCUUGACCUUUCCUCUAAUGAUCUGCAGCAAAUUGCAGACGAGUUUGUUCCUUUGAUACAGCUUCAGAACCUCGAUCUUAGCUCUAAUUCAAUUACUAGUAUCCAGAACGGUGCCUUUAGUGCACAAGUGAUACUGAACAAUCUUAGGCUGGAUUCAAACAAAUUACAGGCAAUUCAUGGUCACUCAUUUCAGGGUCUUGUAAACCUCCGUAAGCUCAGCAUACGAAACUGUGGCCUACAUUCAUUAGCUUCUGAUCUAUUCAACAUCAUUCGCCACCUACAGACCUUAGAUAUUGGUGACAACCUCAUCUAUCAGUUGCCUUCCACUGAAACAUUUCAGCAUAUCCCAGCAGCCCUGCAGCACUUCAUCGCCGAUGGCAACCAAAUAUCUGUUCUUGUCAGGCAUCAGUUUUCACGAAUGAACCUACUUACUCUAGAUUUAUCUCGUAACAGAAUCAGUUUCCUAUCCCAUGCAUCUUUCGCUGAAUGCAAUGUGCGUAACUUAUAUUUAUCAUCUAAUUCAAUAACUGGUAUUGAAGAAAAUGCAUUUGCUUCAUUAGCACCUCAGUUGGAGAGGUUAGUUCUGUCAAAGAACCCAUUGCGUUCCAUACCACUUCAUGUGUUUGACGGUCUGUACAGACUGAUAUAUCUUAAUUUAAGUACAUGUUCACUCACCAAGCUAGAAGACUUGCAAUUCCAGUCGUUACAGAGCUUGCGCAGUUUAGAUUUGUCCAUAAAUUCUCUACAGUAUAUUCCAAAAACAGCAGUAAGUAAAUUUAUAAAUCUUCAAGAACUAGGUCUUUAUGGUAAUGAAUGGCACUGUGACUGUCACAUCCGCCCUUUGUGGAACUGGUUAAAAGGGUUUGUUCAAGGAAUUCUUUUGUGUCCUAUUGGGGCGACUGCAGCUAAAUACAGUAACUGUAAGACCCCAAUGUGUGAGUCGCCUACAAAUGUGAAGAAUUUAGCGGUAUCCUCUUUGUCUAAGCAAAAUAUUCAGGCGUGUCAGGAUAAGGACGAUCAAGAGACAAUGUCAGUAGGGGUCAUAAUUGGCCUCGCUCUGGGUAGUAUGGCCGUUAUCAUUUUAUUCGGAAUUCUUGUCGUGUGUAUCUGCCGUCAUCGUCAUGGUCGUCCUCUACCUGCCAUAUGUACGGCCAACUCCACAGCCAGCAGCCACAAGGAAGAUCGAGAAAAGUCCACCACUCCGUUCAAGGACAUGGAUAUAGGCUCUCUCAAUGAGUCGGAUAAAGACUUUGUGGUGAAGCGAUACUUCCGCUCAAUGGAGAACCAGCCCACCAGCGUGGCAUCCUACCGAGGAACGCCAUCGCUGUCACACAAGGAAUUUGACUUUGACGGGUCUUGUCCUUCCAUCCACAGCGUUAACAGUGUGUUUAACGGACCUAUAGGGUACGAGUCCACCGUAUGACAUUUGUAUGCAAUAGAUUUUUACGUUAACAUAAGCCAGUAUCACUUAUAUUAGUAUCUAUAUGUACAGGAAAAAUAACUUGUCAUCACCUUACUGAAAUUCGAUUUUAGAUUUAACUUACUCAACCUUCACUCUAACAUAUUAUUUUAAUGCUAAAUUUAAAGUGUUAAUUGAAAAAAAAAAAUCAUCAAAAUAUUGUAAGUAUCCAUGAUGACCAAUAAAGAUUUUUCCACGAUUCAUUAAAGUGCCACGGUUUUAAAUCUUGCCAUUUCAUGCAAAUGUAUUUUUCUGUAACUGAAAGGUUAAGUUGCCAUGUACCUGAUUUUAAGACAUAAAGUAAAUACAAACAAGACCAAACUUAAUCCACAUU